GAUCCUUUAGCUGAAGGCGUUCUAGUUUUAGGGGUGGGCGAUGGUUGUAAGCAACUUUCAACGUUUCUUCAAUGCAGCAAGGAAUAUAUUGUUACAGCUAAAUUUGGUGAAGCAACAGAUACAUAUGAUGCUGAAGGAACAGUCAUUCAGAAAUGUAAAACAGAACAUUUAAAUAAACAACUCAUUCAAGAUACUUUGCAAAAGUUUAAAGGUCAUAUCACUCAAACACCUCCUCUCUAUUCAGCUGUUCGACUACAAGGUAAAAGGCUAUAUGACUAUGCAAGAUUGAAACUAGAUUUACCAGAACCUAUCAAGACACGUCAAGUAUUUGUUGAAGAUAUUCAAUUAUUAGAUUUUCAUGAAAAUAGUUGUAAAAUACGUGUGGUUUGUGGAGGAGGAACAUAUAUAAGAAGUAUUGUACAUGACAUGGCUACUCAAAUGGAGACAUGUGCACAUGUAACAGCAUUAAUAAGAACAAGACAAGGUGAUUUCACAAUAGAUGAUGUGUAUAAAUUAGAAUGA